AAGUAAGCACACAUCACGCCAGAUAAUGGACAUAUUUAGGAGUAUUAUUUUGUUAACGUGUGUGUUUGUUGUGUGUUGUGUGUAUGGGGGAGGUGUUCGGUGAGGGUCUUGGAUUGAACUAUAAUCCUUUUGCCCUGGUUGGAAAUGACCCUCUUUGGUCUGGUGCAAACAAUAUGACACAAUAUGACAAUCAGGACACACACACACACGCGCUUAUCCUUCCUUCAUUGUCUUAGUCGUGACAUUCACUGCAUCGUGUUUUUUCUUCAUCAUGGGCAAAUGCCUGCAGCAGAAAGUGGCUGAUUUGCUGCAACACAAGUAUGACGUAGACAAUUCGGGCUUUAUCAGUACCGAGCGCUUCAGGGACCUUUUGGCGACGCAUGGCUCCGAGCUGGACCCCCACAAGCUCGAAGUCCUCUUGGCCCUGGCAGAUGGUAACGCAGAUGGAAAAAUCUGCUACCAGGAUUUCGUCAACCUGAUGAGCAACAAGCGCUCCAAUAGUUUCCGGAGGGCAAUCCUCCAGGGGGGCAGGCACUUAAAAGGCAACAGUCUCCGAGAUGAGGUCGGCCUGGGUCUUUCCCAGCGCCUGGUCCGACAUGUCGCUUAUGAGACGUUGCCGCGCGAAGUGGAUCGCAAGUGGUAUUUUGACAGCUACAACUACUGGCCCCCACCAUGGCUGAUCCUGACCAUCACCAUUCUUGAGGUAGUCGUUUUCUUUUAUUAUGGGUGUCAUCUGGACCGCCUAGUUCUGCAGGUAUCCAGCCCAUCAUUCCUUAAGAGUCCUCUACCUUACCACCCCCAGCUCCGGGCCCAGGCCUGGAGGUACCUCAGCUACGUUUUCAUGCACACUGGCAUUGAACACCUGAGCCUGAAUAUGGCCAUGCAGCUGCUGGUGGGAGUCCCCCUGGAGAUGGUCCACGGGGCGGCGAGGAUCGGACUGGUCUACGCGUGUGGCGUCUUGGCAGGCUCUCUGGCCGUGUCCGUCACUGACAUGACGGCUCCCGUGGUCGGUUCGUCUGGUGGGGUGUACGCUCUGGUUUCUGCUCACCUGGCCAAUGUAGUCAUGAACUGGUCCGGCAUGAAGUGUCAGUUUAAAUUAUUCCGGAUGGCCAUGGCUCUGGUGUGCAUGAGUGUUGAAUUUGGCCGGGCGGUGUGGCUCCGCUUUUACCCGCCAGCAUUUCCUCCUUGCCCCAACCCCAGCUUUGUAGCUCACUUGGGCGGGGUGAUGGUGGGUCUCACCUUGGGCGUGGUGGUCCUGCAGAACUACGAGCAGCGGCUUCAGGAGCAAUCCCUCUUUUGGAUCUUCUUCUGCGUCUACACUUUGUUUGUGCUCUGCGCCGUGUUCUGGAACAUUUUUGCCUACAGUUUGCUUGAAGUGCGAUUGCCUCCACCACCAUGACACCAUUGUCCUGAUGAAGUAGCAUCAGUUGUAACAGAGGCGGGAUGUAGCAGAACUGUGUACGCUUGUUCCCCAUUUUGAUCUUCUGUAUGAGGACAGCACAGUGGGGAGUGGUUAUUACAUGUGCCUCGCACUUAAAAAGUUCAAGGUUCCAUAGUGAGCUCCGGCCUUCCAGUGUGGAGCACUCUCUCUGCUCUGCUUCCACCCACAAUCCCAAAACAUCACUUACGUAUUUCUGCAUUUGCCAAGUGUGGCAGUUUUAUUUAUUGCUAAUUCAUUUUUGAACUUAAUUUCCAAAUGAGCUAAUCCACUCCUUUCCCUUGACGUCUCUCGUUUCUUUUCUGCAAAUGCUUGAAUGUCAAAGAGGUUUACUGAUAGAUGUUAUAGCACCACCUCCUGCUUUGGCAUGAACUUGCAGCCGAAACGCGCCAAAACCACUAAUAUUAGUGAUAAUGAUACCUUUAUUUUUGACAUGAGGAUAGGAAUUUUAUUUUUAAAUUCAUGUGUAUGUGGACAUUAGUCUCUUGCUACACUCAACCCGAUGGUGCCUACUCAUGACUUGGGAAAAGUAAAUCUGCAUAACUCAUUUUGUCAUCACGAGAGGUUUGCCAUUUUGGAUUAUUGUGAACUAUUUUCUGCAAUAAAACAUGCAAACUUUGUUUUUUGUCAAAAAAUAAAUAAAACAAUUUGGAGAGUUUUUUCAUUGUGCAGCAGCGACAGGCAUAAGGUCACCAUCAUGGUUAAUUUCAAGUUCAUAAAUUGUGAGAUGACACAGUUCCAUUUCAUCAUAAGGCUUUUUUAUAUUCAAUGUCCUCCAAACCUUAUUCAUGUGUCUUUGACCUUGUUUGUAACAACUGCAUCAAAAUGUGUGUAUACAGCUCAAUACAUAAGCACAAGUGCCAUUCAGAAAUGAUAAGCUUUCAGAUGUGAUGCCAAACUGUUGUGUUUAGAGAUUGUGAAGGUCUGCUGAUUUUAAUUGUUGUUGGUAUGAUGGCGAUCUGUAUUAUGACAACAAAACAAACAGCUGCCCCUCAAGUGUGACUUUGACUCACUGAACUGAUGUUAGUUCACACUCAAGUCAUGAUGCAAAAAUUGGAACGAGUUGUUGUAUUGAUUUGAGCUUUCGUUGGUACUGUAACUUUAACCUCGUGUUACUCUGGUAACUGCUUCGCACAAAACUGAUUAAUGUAUAUUUAAACACAGAUUCACAUGUUUGCUGUUUUUACUCCGAGAUAUUGAUAUGUUGCGUGCAUGUGUGUGCCUGUCUGCAUUGUAUAUAAUAUCUUGUAUGCCUCCUAUUUAAAAGUGAGUCUGAAAAUAGUCUACAUAUAUAUCAUCGGGACUGUGACACGUCACUAAUGUGACGGGUACUAAUAUUUUAACAUUGUGGAUAUUUUGUAGAUUUGAUAUGUAAAUACUGGAGUAAUUAAACCAUUUUAUACAGAAACAAAACUGUUGAUUAUUAUUAAAUAUCCAUACAUCCA